AUGCAGUGGAUGGAGGAAUGCGCCAAAGGGCGGCCCUACGAUGCAGCGGUAGCUCAAAUAUCGUUCUCUCUUGCCGCCAUUCAUACCACAUCAGACAUGCUCACGCAGGUCCUUCUUGAUCUCAGUGAACAUGAACAACUUAUUCAAGAGCUGCGCGAGGAAAUUGUUACGGUCAUUCGAUCAGAAGAAUGGAAGAAGACCACCUUAUACAGGCUGAAACUGAUGGAUAGUGUCCUGAAGAAAAGCCAGCGUCUGAAAUCCAUCGGAGUCGCUACUAUGAGGCGUCUUGCAGAAGAAGACAUCAAAUUGUCUGAUGGAAAGCUUGUUCCGAAGGGAACAUCCCUAUUGGUCUUUAAUGAGACAAUGUGGGAUCCCUCAGUCUAUCCGAACCCAGAAACGUUCAUCCUCUUGAAAUAUGAUAUCAAACUGGCAAAGGGCUGCAAGCCGACAAUGCGGAUGAAUGGCCUUUCCAUGAACGCGGACUAUUUCGCAAAGGUCUCUGUCAAACGUCGACAAGAAGAGACCUUACUCUGA